AUUGAUGUCAUCACAUUCGGCUCCCUGCUGAAAAGAUCUGAGUGCCCAACGUGGACUUGGUCCUUGAAUCUCUUGCAGACAAUGGAGCAGCUGCGCUGCGAAGCCAACACCAUCACGCUGAAUGCGGCCAUCAAUUCUUGUGAGGAAGCAGGGGCAUGGCAAGUCGCGCUCCACAUCAUGGACCAAACCGUUCGCAUCCCAAGUUUGAUCACCUGGAAUUCAUGCCUCAGCAGUUGUGCGAAAGCGGAGCAGUGGAACACCGUGUUGGCGCUCAUGGAUUCCAUGGUCACGGCGCACUUCCAACCAGA